AUGCCCUCCGAAAAGACAAUUGGAGGUGGCGACGAUGCCUUCAACGCGUCCUUCUCCGAGACCGGUGCCGGCAAGCAUGUCCCCCGCUGUGUAUUCGUCGACCUGGGGCCCACUGUGGUCGAUGAGGUACGCACAGGCACUUACCGUCAGUUGUUCCAUCCUGAGCAGCUUAUCUCUGGUAUGGAGGAUGCCGCGAACAAUUUCGCGCGCGGGCACUACACGAUCGGCAAGGAGAUCGUCGACCUCGUGCUCGAUCGGAUCAGCAAGCUGGCCGACAACUGCACCGGCUUCCAGGGUUUAUUAUCUACAAUGCUGUCGGCGGAGGUCGCCACCGCAGUGGUGGAGCCUUACAACACGGUGCUCUGCGUGCAUUCCCUCCUGGAGCACACAGAUGUGACCAUCAUGUACGACAAUGAAGCACUUUACGAGCACGGGCACAUGUCG